UCGUCUGCGGCGGGACGUCACGCCUCCCGAUCCGCCGCCGGCCCGAGCACGUGCUUCGCCGAUUCUCGAGAGACCCUCGCCUUCCUUUGCCCUCCCUGGUUGCCUCCUCCGCCUGCUUUCCCGAGGCCGUUGUCGAGGGAUCCGCGCCUCUGGGCACCCUCCUUCGUGUUCCCCGCCCACGUCCCUCGCUCCGUCUCCGCCCGCAGGCAAGCAGACACGCCCGUCGCUCCAGCGCCCAUGGCCAGAAACAACGAAGUCCCCGCCAAGUCGAAGGAGGUGCUGUCGCUUCUGCUGCCGUGCCUGCCGUGCCUGCCGUGCCUGCUGGGCCAGCCGGGAUGGCGUUUCUCGGCUGAUUCGCCAUGAAGAGCGGCUGUGCUUGCGCGAUGGUCCUUGGGGCGCUCCUUCUCGUGCUUGGGCUCACCUGGGCGCCCACAGUCACGCCCAUAACCUCGCCCUUACCAUCGCUCAUGCCCUCGCCCACGGAUACGCCCACAAAGGAUGCCCAUGCCCAUCGACAGCUUCCUGUACCUGCCUCUCCUGGGCUGCGACUCCCCGACGCGGCUUCACUUUGGCCUGAAGUGGGACUCGAAGCUCGCCAGCUCUCGCUAAACUUAAGAACGUCGAACUCUUUCCUCAAACGUCGGUCUCUGGAGGAAGGUGUGACGUCAGCAGCGGGAACGCCAGGUGGCCCUACGUCUAUCGAGUCACCUGCAGAGGGAACCAGCUGUGCCACCCCAGCUGCUUUCAGGUGGUGCAAGGUGGCUCUAAGAUCAACGAGAGCCGUCAGAAAGACUCAAGGGGACCCCAUGCACCUCAAAGGAAGUGAGAAACGUCGAAGGAAACGGAAGAAGAAGAAGCAGAAGAGGAAGCGGAGGAAGAAAAGGAAGAAAAAAAGGAAGAGGAAGAGGCAUGGCGACGAAAAGACCCGCUCUCGCCCGAGGUCCCGCUCCGCCCCGCCGCCGUCGCUCGCGCCGCUGAGGUCCGACGGCGUCAAGGGGCAGGGGGUUGGCGGGCUCUUGCAAGCCGUCAGGGGGGAGAGGGAGAGGGGUCCUGGAAGGCAGAGCACCCGGCAGGAGCAGCCGAAGCAAAACGUCCGCGCGGAAGGCCUUCCGCAGGUGCCGUCCCUCCUUCUUCCUCUGGAGGUGAUCGACAGCCGCACUCUGGCCAGACUGCGGUACAACCCGAGCAUCCGAGUCAGCAUCCAGGUCGUGGACGCUGAGCCGCAGGAAGACGAGGUUGAACCCGCUGAGAACCCCGGCGAGGAAGGGUCGGAGGGAGGUCACGUCGUCCCGCCUCGGUGGCCCGGCGAGGACGCCAACAGGAUCACAGAGCUGUUCACCCACGAGGAAAAACUCAGGAACGCCGCCCACUCUCCCUCGCCCACAAUAAGCCGCCCAUCUUCAUCGCAUGAGACCGAGGAGCAGGACGAGGACCUCGAGGAGCAGCAGAAGGAGGAGAAGAAUGAGGAGGACGAGGAGGAGGAGGAGGAGGAGGAGGAGGAGGCGCUGUUGGAAGAGAAGGGGAAGCUGGACCCCUUGCAGAAGCACGCCCCUCGCCCCUCCUUCUCUGCGCCUUCUUCAGGAACUUGGCACAACAGGAAGCGUUUUCGUUGGAAGAAGAAGAAGAAGAAGAAGAAGAAGGAGAAGGAAAAGGAACAAUCACGAAAGAGGAAUAGAAGUGAUGGCGGUGAUACAGGGAGAGGAGGGAUGGAUGCGGAGAAAGGAAGAGAAAGAGAAGGAGGAUUAGUGAAGAAGGAGGAGGAGGAGGAGGAGGAGGAGGACGCUGCCGACUACGAGGACGCGGACGCUCGGGACGGCGUUCGGGUCGAGGGAGCGGACGAGGAGGAGCUGAGGUCGACCCGAGAGCUGGUGGUGGGGCUUGCCGACGCCCUCGAGGAGCUCCUCAAGAGCGGCUUCAAGGGCGCCGAGGAUAAUGAGGAGGACGUUGUCGAAGACAUAUGUGGUGCAUGGACGGUCUGUCGCGUCGAGAGGGCAUUGCAAGAACUAGCUCAAUUGCAUGCACUGCCAUCUUGCCCUUGUGUCUACCCAGCCGACCUGGUCUACCGUGAUGCAAUACACGACCCGCUGCUCAAUGCAACGUUCAGGUGGUUAGCGGUGAGCAAGACGAGAGAGAAAAUUGACGUGUACCAUAGAGGGGCUGACUUGUGCAUUCGCUCCCUGCUCCUGCCACGCCCACGUUCCCUCGCCGCCCAGACCUGCUGCUACAGUAGGGACCGCCACCUCCUAACCCGGGGCAGCGGGGCGGGGAGUCCGGCGCUGGUGAGUCCUGAGGUGAAUGCUGCUCUUCAUCGCAAAGUGGACAUCCUUCCCUGGUUGGUCUGUCGAGGAAACUUUCUCAGGUAUCAAGCAGUUCGUCCACCAAACAAUGGGCGCCACUGCUACACUAAUCCGGAUGACGCGGUUUAUCAGCAACAAAUUUACAUGGCUACUGAUUACUAAUUAGGAUUGGUCUGUUGAUUCGCUAACACAC